UCACUAUUAUUCCAAUUACACCUUAUUUAUGUAAAUAAAUAUUCUCAUUCACUUCUUAAUAUCCAAAUCCAAUAUAUUAACUAAGAUUCUUCACAUUCAAUAUGAACAUCCAAUCCAGGAAGGAGUUUGAGACCACAAAUGCACAAGGUGAUGUAGAAAGAAAGGUGGAAACAAUGGACUAUAGUUCAUCAGCUGGGAAGGGUCCAGAGAUGAAGGCCGUGCAAGUGACUCACCAACAUCCGCCAACCAACCAGAAGACCAGCGGCGGUGUCCUCACCGGUGCCGCUGCUGCUGCCACAUUGGCCCUGGAAUCCGCAAAAGAUGCAAUAUCUCGAAAUUAAAUGGAACAAAUGCUCCCAUUAAAAGAUUACCCUUUCCGAUCGACUUUAGAAUUGCUUACAAUUUUCAUUCUUUUGGUAGGGUAUUAAGACUAUAUGUUUUCUAUUUUGUGUAGGGUAUUUGAGCAGUACUUCUAUGUUUGUCUUGUAAGUACACAAUAUUCUUAUUUAGAAAUUAUUAUUGUUAGUGUGAUUAUUGUGAACAGAGGCGAAGCUAGAAAAUUUGUUUAGGGGGUCG